AUGGCUAUUUUCUACGAUUCUUGGGUGACUGAAAUGUUGGCUCUACUGUCAACAAUUUUCGCGAUACUGUACGUCACAUUUAAAAUCAAUUACACCUACUGGAAGAGGAAGGGUCUGCCAUACUUGGAGCCGUCUUUCCCAUUGGGAAAUGGCUGGAACACGGCGUUAAUGAGGAAAUGUCCGGGUGAAGAUAUGAAAGACGUUUAUUUUGAAACAGAAGGAAAGGACGUCGUGGGUAUUUACUCAUUAAACAACCCUAUUCUCGUUGUGCGGGAUCCAGAGCUGAUCAAAACGAUCAUAGUGAAGGAUUUCAACUACUUUCCGGACCGGGGCAUCUAUGAAGACGAGGAGACAGAUCACCUGACGGCGCACCUCUUCUUCCUCGGAGGAACCAAGUGGAAGGGUCUGCGACAGAAGCUGUCCCCCACGUUCACGUCGGGAAAAAUGCGCGCCAUGUUCGGCAUAGUGCUCGACUGUGCGAAGAUUCUGGCUGACGUCACACCUGCUGGCAGUGUUGUGGAAGUCCGCGAGCUGAUUGCGCGCUACGGCACAACCCGGAGGCGGAGUUUCGGCAAUGGGGCUCUGGGAUUCUCCAAUCCAAAACUAGGCACACUUUUGCCUAUGGCCUUCACGCCAAAGAACAUCACAGAGUACUUUACACGAGUCGUUGAUGACACAAUCAAACAUCGAGAGAAGACUGGUGUCAUUAGGAAGGACUUCAUGCAGUUGAUGAUUCAGUUGAAGAACAUUGAGACAAGUAAGACGCUGACGACCAAGGAGGUGGCAGCACAGGCGUGGGUGUUCUUCAUCGCAGGGUUCGAAACAUCCUCCACCACCGUAAGCUUCUGUCUGUAUGAGCUCGCCAGACAUCCGGAUAUCCAAAAGAAGGUGCAAGAGGAAAUUGACGACGUACUGAAAAAGAACAACGGUGAUGUGACGUACGACAUUAUAAUGACCCAGAUGCCGUACUUGGAAAAGGUGGUGAAUGAAACCCUUCGUAUGUAUCCGCCCGUUCCAGUUUUAAAUCGCGAGGUGGUGCAGGAUUACAAGCUGCCAGGAUAUGACUGUGUCUUGGAGAAAGGAACUAAGAUGCUCAUUCCAGUCCUGGGACUUCAUCAUGAUAGGAAUUUUUUUCAAAACCCCGAGAAAUUCGACCCGGAGCACUUCUCUGAGGAGCAGAAGGCAUCCAGGCAUCCCUACUGCUAUCUACCCUUUGGUGAAGGGCCACGCCUCUGCAUUGGGAUGCGUUUUGGACUGAUGCAGGUGAAGUUGGCGCUGGUUCAUCUACUGUCAAAAUUUGACUUUCUGCCCGUUGGAGACAAGCAGUCGAAACUACGUAUGGCUCCAAACAACGUCGUGCUGACACCAAUCGGCGGAAUCGACUUGAGGGUGGAGCAUCGACGAAUGUCUGAGAGUUGA